AGCGCUUUUGUUGACUCAAUAUUCGCAGGGUAUCCACCAUGGGUGGAUGAAUGGUUGCAAGAACUUUUGAACCGCGAUUGGAGAGCGUUCAAGAUUCUGCAAUUCAGCAUCUACUGCCCGCGUACCCAAUCGGGCCCUGAAGAGGAUCUUGUCUGCCAGAAGGGUGAAAGACUCUGGUACUUUUAUGGCUCGAUCAAAAUCGAAGAAAAAGUUGCGCCGCAUAUCAGUAACCGAUGCGGAGCUGUGGCCGUGGCAGUUGGGGACCACCGCCAGCCACCACCAGGAACUCCGGGCGAGAGUGAAGAAACACACCAGCUACGACAAUAUCCCACAGACAGCAAGAAGCCACCGCACUCGUUAUCCAGGAAAGUUGAUAUGCAAACCGAAAGUGUUCAAUUGAGCAACCACUCGAAGUGGGUCCAAAGUAGAAUAGCGCAGGCCCGCAGAAAACCCACCAUCACAAUCACCGAGUUGUGA